CAAGUGUUUCACUCUUCACUCUUCAUCUUCUUCGAAUCCUCGCUUUAGUUUCUAAUCCCAUCUUCACUCCUAGAUGACACUCUUCUCCUGUCAACAUAGAGUUCUCAUCAGGCGCGAUGCAUAGGGGAUACCUUCCAUACCUCGCCGCGGUGGCCCAGGUCACAGGGUCACUGGCAAGAACCGUGACAUACAAUUGGAACGUCACUUGGGUCUUCGCUAAUCCAGAUGGAUUCGAAAGACCAGUUAUUGGGAUAAACGGUGCUUGGCCAUGUCCAACGAUCGAGGCAACUGUUGGCGAUAUCGUUGUUGUCAACCUAAACAACCAGCUGGGGAACGAGACGACGGGUCUACACUUCCAUGGUAUUAACCAAGUCAGCUCCAACGACAUGGACGGCGCCGUCGGAACCAACCAAUGUCCCCUGCCUCCAGAUUACUCUGUCAAAUAUCGGUUCUAUGUAAGUGAUACCCCCUGUACGAUUAGGGGGAAAGAGAUGAAGCUGACAACAGAUGCCAAAGGCCGACGCACCUGGCACAUAUUGGUGUAAGUUGAAAGGCUUGAAGCAGUUAAGUUAUUUCCUUUUGUUAAUAAUGAACUAAUGAUAAUAUGAAAGACCACUCUCAUAGCAUGGGGCAAUAUCCGGACGGCCUCCGUGGGCCGCUGAUCAUUCAUGAUAACGAUG